GACAAUUAACGGAAAAAACGAAGAAAGAAAAAGGAAAAAAAAAAAAAGAGAAAAACGCGCAAACACACACGGGCAAGAUUUUCUGCCGACCUUACUCCACGUUUUUUUCUCCACUACUCUCUUUGACUUCCCUCAACACAUUUUUUUCUCUCUAACUAAUGCUCCGUUUCUGAUCCAUGGCUGACCCGAAUCGACCCGUCACCGGCUACCCCGCCGCGAACGCCAACGGCCACCCACCGCCGCCGCCGAACUCCAACACCUCUUACCCUUAUGCCGCCCCGCCACCGCCGCCGCCGAAUUACUACAACCCGCAGCAGUAUUACCCGGCUUACCAGCCCGACCCUCAAGCCGUCCGCCGUGCUAUCUUCCUCCGCCGCGUGCUCGCCAUCAUAAUCGCCGUCUUCAUCAUCAUCGGCACCAGCUUCUUCAUCACCUGGCUUGUUCUCCGCCCCCGUCUCCCCGAGAUUCGCGUCGACUCCCUCUCAGUCUCCAACUACAACCUCUCCGGUUACCAGCUCACGGCGAAUUUCCAAAUCGGCAUCACUGUCCGAAACCCUAACUCGAAAAUUAAGGUGGAUUACGACCAGGUUGAUGCGUAUGUUUACUCCAAGGAUUACAGACUUGCUGAGACUUCUCUUGCCCCUUUUAGUCAGCCAAAGAAGAAUGAAACCUCGAUUAGGGCAAGCGAAGCGGCGGUGAACACUUACGUGGAUGGCGAUCUUGUCAGUGAUAUGAAUGGGCAGAGGAGCAGGAGUGGGAGGGUGAAUUUCAAUGUGAGGUUGCUGAUGUCUUUGCGGUUGAAAGCUGGUGCUUGGUUUUCUAGGAGGAGGUAUUUGAAGGCCUUUUGUGGGGAUUUGUCGGUUGGGAUUGCAUCGAAUUCUUCAAACGGAAGCUUGAUCGGCGGACCAGGGCAAUGCAAUGUAGGAAUUUGAGGGAUUCGUGACUUGUUCCUUGAGGUGAAUAUAUGGAUAUCUGAUAGUACUAAAAUGUUUGUUUCAGGUCUUUUGGUAGGAUUAUUUCCUCGCUUUCAGUAGUUCGAUUAAUUCAAUGCAAAUUUUUUAGCACUUUAACACUGUCGAUCAGAAAUGUAAUAUGUGUAGUUGGAUACAGUGAAGUAGGAAAAUUAAGGUUCCGUGCUAUUUUAUGACGGGAUGUCCUGAUAGCCCAUUUUCUGAUGGAAUAUAACUGAUGAGUGAUGGUUGUUCACGUUUGUACAGUUUGCUUUAUUGAUGUUUACCUUUGAUCUGAAAAUGUUGUUGCUGAUUUUGGGGUUUUUUCCUAUUAACAUAGUAUUUUGUGAUACAUAUGCAACAUUAAGUGCUUGACAUCAACUGUUAGAACUCUGUUUUGUUGCUGCUAUGUAAAGACUCUCAUGGAUGUUCAACCCAAAUAGUUUCGGCCUGAUAUUUAACCAUUCUAACUUGAGUUCAUGCAAUGUGCCGAACUUUCAAACUUUCCUGAUGCUAUUAUGGGUUUAUAAUCCAAGAGAUGGCUGAAAUUAGUGACUUAGCAAGAUUAAUUUGCAGAGCUUGAAUUCUAAACUUUGGAAAUCAGUACUAAUAUAAUGCAUGUAAAGUGACAAACUGGAGUGAGUGCAUACAGGGAUAUUUCUUUGUUACUCUGUUCUGCUACUUGAUUGCCCAUCAUGGAAGAAUGAGGUAUAAAGUUUUUGCGCACCAAAUUGAUUUUGUAAGGGGAACCAGCAAAAUGCUACCCGUAGUAAGCGUAGCAUCAACUGUGUCACUUUGAUGGUGAGGUCAACUGCUUUUGAUCUGAAUUUGUUUUACUUGUAUAGCAUGUGUGCUUGCUUUCAUAUCUAAGGUGGUUUUGUUGGCUGUUCCGGCUGAAUAACAAAAACUAUGGUGGUGGUUUUGUCGUAUGUUUGAUUAUUUUAUCUGCCUUAAACUUCUCUUGUCCAUCAUAUCUCUGUUUUCGGGAAUAACAUGGUGAAGGUCCUCUGUGUCUUUGAGAAAACAGUUAUAGUUCUGAAAAUUUUAUCAUGCUGAAAAACUCUGAACCUUAGGCUUAUAUUGGUGCUUAUUUCUGUAUAAAAGUAUAUGAGAGAUGUUCAGUACUAUACAGUUUUUGUUUUACUUUUCUUUGUGAAAGAAAUUUGUUCUACGUCUCAUAGUAUCAAGCCCUUCCUAGCUAGAAUGUUCUAUUGACAAUCAUGGUGAAUCUUUGAUGAGUCUCUGCAUCCAUCUAUCGCACUUCUUUGAACUAACCAGGACUGAUACUGUUCACAUAGUGACAUGGUAACUGGAAUGGAAGUGUUAGCUAGUAGUAUUAAGUAGCUUGUGAAGUUCUCUUUUAGAGAAGUUAGUGCAAAUACAUCAUGAAAGUUCUUGUUGCGUUCUGUUGUAUUCGACAACUGCUUAUCUUAUUGCUGCUAAUGUCGUGAUGAUUUCAUGCAUAGUGAUGAAAUUUGUAUGUCCAUUUGUAUAUUAUUGGUCCCCAGGCCGGAUUUCAUAAAUAGUUAGAGCAAUACCGGACACUGGGUAAAAGAAAUUAGACAUCAGUGGGCGCUCAUGUUUGUUUGAGGACUGAGUAUUGGUAUGCC